UGGCUUGUUGCUUUUUAUUCUGCCGGCUGCCUGCAUUUUCUGAUUUAAUUUAAUACCAUCGAUAAAAAGACUGCUCGCAACAUGUCGGAACAAUGGGAGGUGGUCUCCAAGUCGCGCAAGCAAAAGAAUCUGGACAAGAAGGUGUCUGCACACAACGAGCAGAAGCGCAUCGCGGCCCAGUUGCCCAAACUGGAGGAGCUGUUGCCAACUCAGCGGUAUCGCAAUUUGUUCGGCAGCAGCAACAACAACAACAGCAAGUCCCAUUCCCCUGCGAAAUCUAGUUCAAGUGCCUCAUCUUCCUCAAAAGCCAAUAAGUCGCCAGUUAAAAAGCACACCGCAAAGAAUGCCUCUACCCAAAAAAGGACCACGUCGGCAGCCGCAUCGAAGCCAAAGACUCUGGAGCUGGCCUUGAGAAACAUCACCCGGGAUGAUUUUGCUGCCCAACUGGAGCAGGUGAAGCUCAGUUGUCCUGGCUCCGAGCUGCGCUGGUUAAGCCAUAUUGCGCUAUACUUCAAUGAAGCCUUGUCCUAUGACUGCGAUCCCAUCUUCUCCGGCCGCUCGGCUCAGUAUCCCAGCAAUUUGGCCAGCGCCUCGCUCAAGUACUCAAUUGUGGAGUUUCUGGGCAGUGUGGGCGAACAAAACCUGGAGUAUUUCUUCUACUCCCUGCUGGAUAGCAUGUCAACGGAUCUAAACAACAAUCAGACAGUGGCAGGCUACAAGCUCAUCCUACAGUUGAUCGGUCAAAACUGGCCGAACAUUUGUUCUAGGAACCUGGCCAAGACUGCGUUGCUAAGGAACUCCUAUCAGAACCGUAGCAACAUCUGCCUGAGCAUCCUGUGGGCAAUUGGACAAGGUGGCUAUCAGUCCCUAAACGAGGGCGUUCGCGUGUGGCAGAACCUGAUGCUGCCCAACCUGGAGCUAAAGCAGUACACCAAGUUUGUGGUCGAGUAUAUGGAGCGGGCUCUGAGUGCAGCAGCUGUCCGGAAGACAGCGGAUCCUCUGCAGAUCAACCAGCAGGAGUUCUUUGCCACUUACAAUGCGCUCAAUGCACCCUAUAACCACCUGCCCAAGGAAUGGCAGCAAAGUCUGAAGCGUAGUGCGCGUUUGUUGCUUCAACACUAUAUCAACAGUCCUGUGAGGCAUGCCAACAUAUUCCUUACGCUCUUCCGGGAAAUAAGCGCCGGAUCCAAGCAGACUAAUGAGAUCGAAGGCUGUAUUAGUUGUCUGCUCAGCAGCGGCAGAGAUGAUUGCCUCAGGGUGUGGCGCAUGAACUACAAGAAGCAACAGUUGCCUAGUCUACUGCUUCUGAAAGCUAUAAACGACAAUUGGACCACGUCUACCCAUGAGUUGGCUACGUCGACUGUGUAUCACUCUUUUCUGCAAGAUGUGGCGAAUCUGAACGAAGAACUGCAGGGAAGCAAGAGAAACGAAGGUCACCUAGAUGAUUUAAAGGAGGUUUUGUUGAGCGUCCAAGAGAAGAGCAGCGCGCAGCAGAAGAAGAACAAACAGAAGGCCGCGGCAGAAAAAAAGAAAUGCGGAUGCUGCAAGUGGACCUUGGGUAGCAUCUUCAUCAUCGCCCUGAUUGCCGGAGCUCUGUACUACGAUACCGAGGUGAACGGCAAGGGCGUGUUCGAGAAAUCGGCCACCGGCAAGGUGCUGAAAAAUGCCGGAGUCCUGCCGCAUGUCCAGAAGUCCUGGUACACGGUCAUGGGGGCCGGAGCGCGGGGCUACAAGUGGGCGGAAGUGAAUGUGCCGCCGUACGCCGAGCCGGUGAUCAAGACCACCUGUGACCUGUGGAAGCUGGCGAGGAAUGCGGCCUGCAACGCUUACCAGAACGGCAAGGGAUACUUUGGCGCCAAAUGGCCCGUUGUGGCAAAGUUCAUUGACCAAUACGUGCCCAAUUCGUCUGGCAAAAUCGAAGCUUUUGCCGCUGGCGUUAGCGAUUUAGCCGCCAGCAGCUAUGAAAAGGCUGCAGCGCUCAUCAAGGAAAAGGUGCUUGUUGGCCGUCUCUCGCCCGAGAACAUCAAUCAGGCGCUGAACCAGACGCGUAACGCCGCCCUGGAGUACUACAACCAGUUUCACAAAAAGGUCGACGCAUACGCCAAGCUCAAAUGAUUUUAAGCGUCAGGAACGCUUACUUCUCGAACAGCAACAUCAUCAGCAGCUGCAGCAGAUGCAAACAGAAUACGCGUCAUAGUAAAUAGUGAAGGAAGCCCUAAUUUUUCGCAAAAAGUUAAAAAACCGGAAAAUGUUCUAUAAGUCGAAACUCAAGAAGUCAUUCACAUUUAUCAACAACUUCUCGUCAAGUUUAAUUAAGAAAAAGCAAUACGAGCAAAUCUUUGUGGAUGCCGAUAGUACACUAACAAUCUAGUAAAUUCAACCUCGAUACUGAUAAAUUAGUGAAAGACACGAGAAAUUUUCUGUUGUAAAACAUGUGUUUAAACAUUUUUCUCCAAGUUGAGAAAACAUUAUUUUUAAAUUCGUUUACAACGGCAUGAGAGUUUUGUGAAAAGUUCUACCAUUGAAAUUUUGUAAUUGUAAUUAUUAAAGUGCGUUUUUUGUGGCGAUGCGCGAAGUGUUAACUCUAUUGUGUUAACUGAACUUAACAAUUCCAACUGCAUUUUGAAGGCAAACAAUAGAUUCAAAUAUUUUUAUACUUUUAUUCAUAGUUUUCUUGCAUUUGUGUGUACAUUUCUGUAGACUCCUCCCCAAUACUUGCAUAAUAGCGCGAUACUUUUGAUUUGAUUUUAAAUCUCAUUUGUAUAUUUAAUGGAAAACACGAUUUUGCAUAAAUAAAAUAAAAUUGAAAGAUGUG